UAAGCGUCCUGUCGUGUGCGGUGUGAGUGCGCACGUGUGCAUACCGAUUCGUUUAAGUCUUUAAAGCAUAACUUCUGCAUAAUUAAUAUAAUUUUGUCGUUGAUUUAUUUUUGUGAUUUAUAUGUAAAUGUUUAGUAUAAGUGUGUUUAAGUGGUGCGUAUGAUUAAGUUUCCGUGUGUAUACAAGUACUAUUUUGUCGUCAGAGUCUCAUGUCCGGAGUGUUGCUGAAAAAGAAAAAAUAGUGGCGACCGCCAUGUUCUCCAGCAGGACCCGGUCCAGCGUUCGACUCAAGGAUCCUAAACCGAGGGAGGAUUCAAAUGUCGGCGGUGGAGGUGGUGCUGGUACGUUCACCCGCUGGCUCCGGGAGUUUAGACGUGAGACUUACAAGGUAAAUGCUGCCGGAGGUGUAUCAGGCGGUGGUGGCGGCGGAGGAACUUACCACAGUACUAUGGGCGAAGACAGCAGACGAAGGCACUCAUUCAACGCGCACGACAAGAGCGCUCAACAUCGGGCGGACCAAAGACUGCAGCUGCAGGGUAGCGGCGGCGGAUUGCACGCCUCGCCGGCGUCCAAGUCGCAACCUUGUAGGCGAGCAAACAGCACGGUGGUACCAAAAUCCAGAACAAGGAACGAUGGAUUGUUCACUAAGGCCAACUGUUCUGCCGUGGCCACCAUCAGAGAACUGCCCAGCAGCAAGGAAAACCGCUCCUCGCACGGCAACAACGGUGUCGUCAAGUCCAGUCGUGUAACGACCCGCAUGACUGAAACCUGCGACGGACACAUACCCAGACAUAGGGCCCCACUCCCACCCGUGGAAGUCAAGGACGCGGUUUGUGGACACGAAAAAUUUCCAUCCUGUCCGGCCAUCACCGUCGCGGCGACGACCGUCAAAAGCAAUGGAAUGUCCGUCACCGCGUCCAGAAAGUCCUGGGCGGAAGAGCAGACGGUCAGCAGCAGUAAUAGUUACCCGAAAGAACAACCGCCGCCCAUCGUCCGGCCGUAUCCCAAAAGACUGUCUAACGGGCUUUACACGCAACAAUUGAAGACCGUGAUGGAGCGUUGCGAAAAGGGCAAACCCGAACUGCUAGACCGGGUACGGUCGAUGAGAACCAAAAACGGCGGUGGCGGUUACGCGGAAAGACUGCAGCAACCCGCUGAGAAACACUUUUGUGUGCCAUUAUCAUCGAUAGUAUUGGAUUCGGUGGACCCGAAAUCUCAACUUACACAAGCGCAACUCGAAAAGUAUUCAAGAGCUUACGACGACUCGCCGCACCGAGAAACAGACGAGUAUUCAAGCUGUUUCGACGGUAGCGACAGCGCGUUGUCCAGCCAUUUAACCAAGGAAGAGCUGGAGCAUUACACCAGGAUUUACGAGGAAAAGUCCACGUCUCAGAUCAGCUUGACCGAGAAAACGGCACCUUCGCACCAGCACCAGACCUCGUACGCGCAGAGCGAAGGGUACCAUAGCUACGUUUCCAGCACCGAUUCCACAUCAACCCCAUUCCUGGACAGAUUGAGGAGAGACAGCGAAUCUGCCGCCGUGGUCGUCAUAAGUAAAGAUUCGGAAAAACCCGUCGCCGCCAUCACCGCUCAGGGGAGGGACUCGAGUGCCAGCUCCGGUUCUUCUAGCGAAACCCUCAAGUGGCACGGUUCCAACAGUGACCUGAGUACCGUAUCCAGUAGCGGGCACCGUGGUACCACCCAGCUCAUUGCGCACAGCGCCAAAGUGUCGGCGCCGCAGAGACACCACUCCGAGUCGGUGCUGAGCGUGACCGACGGUUGGUCAGGCGUCAGCGUUCAGGAGCACAGGGUCGGCAACCAGAGAAAUCUCCGGAAAUUGUUUCCGGUUAGCACGUACACGGUACAACCGGCAAUGGUCGUAGACGAAAAGACUUCACCAAAAUCUCCACCAGCGCUGACGGUAGCUGAACGUAUCAACGAAUUAGAAAAGCAGCAACAACAGCAGCAGCAACAGCAACAACAGCUACAACAAACACCCAAUAAGUUCACGUAUUUUGACCCGGAAAAGAAGCACAGAGUGGCGGACCACUCGCUGAGAGCUAUACAGAAACGAGCCUUGUUGUCUUUCUACGAAAGGCACCAGCCCGGGUCGUCUUGGAGGUCCGAGCCACAACUAUCGCCACCGCCACCUAGACCACCGCCGAUACCUUGCCGUCCACGGUUGCCCACUCCGCUGUCUAGGCGCUCGUCCAUUUCGUCCGAAUACGACACUCCGGCCACUUGGAAUGAUGAUUGUUCAAAAGAUGACAGUUCAGUCGAAGAAGCGAGCAACGCCAACUCCAAGGAACUCAAUAAAAACAAUCCGCUAAGGAGUUCUAGUUGUGGUUCGCUGUCAACAGCAAUUCUUGGGCCUAUGGUACUUGGACCAUCGAUAUCGAUCGAUGAUUGGGUUCCCGAACUACCACCUAAGAAGAAACAGGUCGCUCGGCAGCAGACGCCCCAAGCGAAACGAGAGCCAAGUCCGGACUUGCCGCCACCACCGCCGGUGGUUGACGAUGACGAGCAAAUGUUUGUGUCGGACGAACCGUUGCCGCCACCGCCACCGGAAGCCAUCUGGCCGAAGCCUGAAUCGCUGAGGAACGAUAAGUUCCUACGCAAUGGCAAAGAGAAGAGACUGGAGAGCAGCUUUAGCGCCGUCGAAGAUGUGCUUCUUAACAGAGACUUUAAUGCCAGCUGCGGCGGCGUAUCAGCUGGAUUGUUCAACAACAACAAUCACCACCUAAACGGCCACCAAUAUCAGCACCAGCACAACGCAAUGAGCGAAAAAUCAAAAUCGCUGUCUUACAUAUACGACAGCCACAAAGCAGUGCCGCAAACUCCAGUCAAAUCGUUUGCCAUUGAACUACUGCAACCGCCUCUGCUGCCACCGCCUCCGACGCCAUUACUGACAAGCGCGACGACAACCGACGAUAAACCAAUGCAGUUUCCGCACAACAGCGUCAAAGAAUUUGGUCGUUCGUCGAGCGUCCGUCGUAACAAACUCACCAUACCCAACAAGGACUACUGUAAGUCUGAGUUCUCGGCCCGGAAGUCCGUGUUCCAGGGUUCCGCGGUACCCAAACAGCAGGUGGUCAUGUCCACCGUCAAACCGCCUGCGUUCAGCGCGACUAUUACCACGGUCCAAAGCAACGUGGUCAAACAUCAAAUUUGUACACCACUGAAAAUCGCCAGGGACGUGGACAAGAAGGCCGCGGUGGCCACUGCCAGGUCUCCUUCUGCCUCCAAGACUGUUGCAGUCGUUGGGCCUCUCAAGUCAUCGGGCGUAUUUCCGCCGUCUCUCGAACCCAGCUGUCCCCCGACACUUUACCAACAGAGUCAAUCGAAGGCAUCGUACCUGUCGGCUUACAAGAGAGAGCCGAGGGAGCGCGAGAAAGGACUUCCUAACUUCGAAGGAAGCUACAAGAGGACGGCGUCUCCGAACAGCGGCGGCCGAGGAGACGCCGCCGCAGCCGUGGAACCGCAAGAUGUGGAAAACGUGGCGCCAGACGGAAACGAUUGCUGCAGUAAUCUAUUGGAUUCGGGAGGCGGUCGACUGCAAUCCCUACAGCUGGACCACCACCACCUCCACCACUUUAACAACAACAACAACAACAACAACAACAACACAGCAACUAGUCAACAACAGUCGUCGCCAGGCAAACAGCAGGCUAUCGACGCAAUGGUCACACCGCCGUCACCACCGCCCCCCACAGUGUUGUCCGAGCGGCCGGUCGUCGAUCAGUCCCCACAACAGCAACAACAGUUGUCGAAAACUCUACCGCGCGCUAAUAAUUCAGUCGGACAGGAUUUCAAACGGUCGUCCCGGACGCCCCGCACUCAGUCGGACCCGUCUAAUAUGCCCAACAAGGCGGACUCGGCUAUCACCACGUUGCAGUUGAUGAUGAUGCCGCCGCCCAGGCACUCCGAAUCCGCGUCCAGCCUGCACCUGCAGAAACGGUCGCAGUCCGACCUGUCUCAGGUUGGAUCUACCGAGAGUGGCUAUAGCAGCCUGUCCUUAAACGCACCGUCGCCAUCGCACUCACCCACCAGGCUGUCUUCCGGUGACUUCAGCUCCAGCGGCCCGGCGCCACCACUCCUGAUCCACUCACCGUCGGUCACGGGAGCCGGCGCAGCAACCACUGUCACUGACCUCGACGAGUGCUGCACUUCUACUUGGCACACGGUGGAGCCCGCCGUCGCUGUGACCAACACUGACCAUCGUUACCGCAAUCCGGUGUCCAGGAGCUGUUCGGCGGUGUCGUCGGACGCCUCUUCGCAAACGGACAUCAAGUCCGUCGCCGGUGACACGCCGUUAGCAGUCCGGCGCAAGUCACCCGAAGAGAUUGAAUGCGAAGAACUGUCCCGCGAUCUCAUCAGCCACCUGUCACCGUCCGACAAACUCCACAACAUACUGGAAAUAAAGGACAAAGCUCCCGGACCAGACGUCAAACGUUCUACAGACUAUGUUUCUCCGUUGUUCCGCAUGGACUUGGUGCCCAGGUCCAGAAAUUCGGUCGCCGAAAAACCGAUCGACUGCAGUAGCAUCGAUGUCUACUGUGGCCCAAACACCACCUCCACAAUAAGCACCUCCUCGUCUACCACCGCCGCCGGACUGUCGGCCAACUCAUCCUACUACACUACGUCCGAACCGAAGGCGAAACUCCUGAAUCUGCAGCAUUACAGCCGGCAGAUACAACCGCCGGUCGAAUGCAACGGGAUCGGAAACUUGCAAAAGAAAAAGGCGGACCUAGUGUCUCGACUUGACAGAAAGCUGAAAGUACUCCGAGAUGAACAAAUCGCGCUGACCGAAGAGGCAGCGCUGAACGAGACUCUGGGGAUAUCGGUGGCCGAUCGGGUUAAGUCUGUAGCCAAGCCUCAGGAAGCCAAUAAGUUCAAAACUCACGUACAGGAAGUGGGCCACAUUACCAGUCUACUACUGAGCCUGAGUGGACGUUUGGCCCGAGCGGAAAACGCACUACUCGAUUUGGACGCAGAUCAUCCGGAAAAGAAGGCGCUGGAGGAGAAAAAGUGCAAGCUGACCGGUCAACUGGAAGAGGCCAAGGAACUAAAGGAAAACAUCGACAGGCGCGGCGACUUUGUAUCGACCAUACUGAGUCGGUAUCUGACGGCCGAUGAGUACUCAGACUAUGACCAUUUCAUCGCGAUGAAAGCCAAAUUGCUGAUCGACGCACGCGAGAUUGCGGACAAAAUACAGCUGGGCGAGGAGCAGUUGCGCGCGCUCAAGGAAACCCUCGAAGACUAAAAUUAAAUUUUAAACGUUGAUACGUUCAAAACACAUGUUACAUAAAAAUAUAAUAUAAAUAUAAAAAUAUGUUCAUGUGAUAGGUGCAGUAAAAAAUAUAUAUAUAUAUAUACAUAAUAUAAUAAAAUAAAUUACGAUAGGGUGACAAAAUCAUAAAAUAUAAUAUAUUAUAGUAAAACAAAACCGCAUUUGAGCGUGUACAUAUAGUUUGAGGAAAACUUUGUAGGAAAAACAUUUUGACUGAAUCACAGAAAUGAUUUAAACGGGGUUUGCCCGUCAGAUCUCUACAAUCAGAACGCCUCACGUCUUAUCAUUUCUCUCCUACCCCCAUAACCAAUCGCUCGUACGUCGAAGUCGCAUCGGCUCUAUACGUGAGUGUUUGCGUAUGUGUUUUAUACUUAUUUACUCUCGAACAACGUGUGUGUGUUUUUUAAUAUUUCUGUGUAAAUAUCUACUCAAAAUCGUAUAGGUCGAGAUGAGCAUAAAUUAGUCAUAUUAUUGUAUUGUUUUCACUAAAACCAUAUGAAACGGUCUUCUCUAGUCGACGAGACCUGUCGCUUGCCCACCCCCAUUGGCGAUGUCCCGUCAAAACGUAAUAAUAAUAUUAGAUUGUAACAUGAUAACAUGCUGUAAUAAUAUUAUGUUCGGUUGUUACAGCGUGUGGUUAGGAUAUAUUUUUAUUUAUAAAAUGCGAACGAUAAUAUUAUUAUUAAAUCGGAGAAUCAAACUGCUAUUCGCAUUCGCUAUCCGCACACAGAAACACCCCAACCAACCCCCUCGCGAACCCACCCAUCGCACACCAUUCACAGUGUUCUGAUAUUCGCCACUCCAAUCGAGAAAACGAAAUCCGAUUUGGAUCGCAAAAGUCAUGGGUGACGAAUGUAUAGCAAUAAAUAGGUACAAACUGAAUAAAAACUGAAAUAAUAUUUAUCAUAUAACAAUGUAUAAUACUAUAUUAUUCAAUAUUAUUAUAUGUGUGUGCGCGUGCGCCCCUUGUACCUCUGUGCAGAGAUGAAUUAUAAUAAUAUACAUCGUAGUUUAAUAUCAUAUUAUUAUUAUUUUUAAAAGUCUUAAUUUAUCCUUGUUAUGCAUUUACUGUAAAUAUUUUUAGUGAAAUGUAUUGUUAAAUCUAACAUAAUAUCGUGUUGUAUUAUAAAUAUUAGAAACCGUGUGUGUGUGUAUUGUACAGAUUUUAAUGAAGCAAAUAUAUUAAUAUAGUGAACCGUCUUGGUGCUAUAAUAAAAAUGAUUUUUACGCUUUACUUUGUUUUUUCCGCCCUAGUGGAAUUCGUUACA